GAACUGUGAUAAACUCGGCCCACAGCUUCCGGUAAGGAAGAGAGGAGAAGAAGAAGGAAGCCGGCGGUAAAAGAUAACAUUAGAAGCUAACAUUAGCAACGAUAGAAGCUAACAUUAGCAACCAUAGAAGCUAACAGUAGCAGCAGCUGCUCGGCGGCGAUAAAUCCGUUUAUUCUGAUAUUUAAAUGUGUAAAUGUGUGACCGUUAGUGCGGCUAACGGCUAACAGCUAACAGGAGAGGAGCCACGGCGACGACGUGUCACUGUCUCUGAUAUGAGCAGCUCUGUUCAGAGGAAGAGGAGGAGCACAGGAAGUCCUCUGGUGUCCAGCACCAAGUCCAGCAGAGCUAACGCUAGCAGGACAGCUAGCAGGACAGCUAGCAGGACAGCUAGCAGAGCCGCUAACGGCAGAGCCGCUAACGGCAGAGCGACGUCCAAUGCUGCCCCCAGCCGUGUGAUGGAGCACCCUGAGGACAGUGUGGAGGAGGUUGUUGAUCUGACGUGUGAGGGAUCAGAAGCUGUGGUCGACCUGACAAACAAUGACUCCGUGCUGCUAGUGGACGAAGGUCCUCAGACGGGCGCGGCCGCCGAGAGCUACGUCGUCAGCAGCGAUGAAGAUGAGGCCACGCCCCCCGCGCUCAACGCCGCCGUGAUGUCAUCGGCACGGACCAACGGCUCCUCCAGGUCGACUCCGGGGACAAUCAGCUGUCCCGUCUGUCUGGACUCGUACUCAGAGAUCGUGGAGAGCGGCCGGUUGGUGGUCUCCACCCGGUGUGGUCACGUGUUCUGCAGCAUGUGUCUGCGAGACGCUCUGAAGAAUUCUCCCAGCUGCCCCAGCUGCAGGAAGAGGCUGACCGCCCGCCAGUACCACCCGCUCUACGUCUGAUGACCUCACGCUGACGGCUGAUGACCUCAUGCUGAUGGCUGAUGAUUUCAGCGUGAUGUCACCGUGAUGUCACCGUGACAUCAGUGUGACAUCACGCUGCUGCAGGUGUCUGUGUGAGCUGCUUUCAUUUAAAGAUUGUUAAUUGAUAAUAUUGUUGAUAUAUUUGAUAUUC